AUUCUCAAUAAAUAUACAUCACCAUUUGUUUCAAUUGAAUUGACUACUUGUUUCGUGUCGGUCAUAACUCAUCAUGCAAGUUUCUGCCUUCCGGCCUUUAACGUUCUUGCUCUUCCUCGGUGCCGCAACUUUUAUCCUAUUCUUCAACUUCUCAACUCCCAUUGUUCACCAUGAUAACGGUGGUGAUACUGAUGCAACAACACUGAUUGCUGUUGCUGUAAGCAGGAAACUUAAGGAAAAUGAGAGCAAGAGAGUGAUAGGUGGUUGGGUGUCGGUAGAUGAUGAUCAUGAUUAUAGUGAGGCAAAUCCAGUGCCAUAUGGCUCAAGGGACAAAGUGAGACAUGGAUCUAUUGAGCGUGCCAAUCAUCCUAGGGGAUUUAACCCAAAGGCUCCUCCUUCUCCUGCUAUCUAUUAUUAACAAAACACUCUUCUUCCACUUUGCUACCUUAGCUUCUAAUAAUAAUCCUACUUAUAUAUAUAUUUGAUCCUAUGAGAGAAAUGGCUUCGUAUAAGUUCUUGGAAGCAGAUUAAAGUGUGCCAUUUUCUGCUUUUGAAAUUGUUUGUUUGACCCUGCAACUCUGUUCUAUAACCAUUAGUUAAGUAUCAAACGUUAAUCUAUGUAUUUAUUAUUGAGAUGACUAA